AUGGACGCCCUCCUCCGACAAUCCAAGUCCAUGUGUCCUUUCUUGAAGAAGACUUCGCCGGCGACCCUGCGAUCUCUCUCGACCUCUGUCUCCGCCUCGACUCCCGCUCGCCAUGCCUCUCCCUGCGGUGGCAGCAUGUCCAAUCUACAGACCAUUGCCCGUCGUUGCCCCGUCAUGGGCAAGGCCAUGGCUGUCCAGACCGCAAAGUCCGGCAAAGUUGGUCUUGGUGGCGUAGCUGCGCUGGGCGCCAUCAGGGCUUUUACUGGGAAAUCCGCCGCUGCAAAGGCAAGAAUCCAUACCAGCGGUGCUCGUGAAGCCCGAACUGUCGAGGAUACUCUGUUUGGUCGCGAGAAGGGUAUGUCCCUCCGUGAGAAUCCUGCGUAUCACGCGCUAAUCGUUCCACCAUCAACAGUCCCGUAUCCCCAGCAUGUCAAGCCCGUCCAGCAACCAGCGGCAGCAACAGCAACAGCAACAGCAGCCGCAAACGCAGCCCACCAGCACAGAAAUGCUGCCAAAUUCGACUACGAGGCAUUUUACCAUGCCGAGCUCGAGAAGAAGCAUAAGGACAAGUCCUACCGCUACUUCAACAACAUCAAUCGCUUGGCCAAGGAUUUUCCUCGCGCUCACAUGUCGAACAAGAGCGACAAGGUCACGGUCUGGUGCUCCAACGACUACUUGGGCAUGGGCAAGAACCCGCAGGUGUUGAAGGCUAUGCAUGACACUCUUGAGGAAUAUGGAGCUGGAGCAGGUGGAACCCGAAAUAUCUCCGGACACAACCAGCACGCCGUCAGCCUCGAAGCCUCCAUUGCAAAACUACAUGCGAAGGAAGCAGCAUUGGUGUUUUCGUCCUGCUAUGUAGCCAAUGAUGCUACCCUCGCAACUCUGGGAAGCAAGUUGCCGGAUUGUGUCAUUCUAUCAGACAGCUUGAAUCAUGCUUCCAUGAUCCAAGGCAUCCGCCAUUCUGGGGCGAAGAAAUUGGUCUUCAAGCACAACGAUCUCGCUGAUUUGGAAGCCAAACUGGCGUCUCUCCCUGCACACGUCCCCAAAAUCAUUGCGUUCGAAUCCGUUUACAGCAUGUGUGGCUCCAUUGGUCCGAUCGAAGGAAUCUGUGACCUGGCAGAAAAGUAUGGAGCCAUUACAUUUCUCGAUGAAGUCCAUGCCGUCGGCAUGUAUGGAGCGCAUGGCGCCGGAGUAGCAGAACAUCUUGACUACGAAGCACAUCUCCAAGGCCGCCCUCGCGGAACAGUCAUGGACCGCAUUGACAUCAUUACUGCGACACUAGGUAAGGCGUACGGCUGUGUUGGAGGCUACAUUGCUGGUUCUUCCAAAUUCGUCGACGCCAUCCGUUCCCUCGCACCCGGAUUCAUCUUCACUACCUCACUACCACCCGCUACUAUGAGUGGCGCAAGAGCCGCGAUCGAGUAUCAAAUGGAAUAUCAGGGCGAUCGGCGCCUGCAGCAACUCCACACCCGCGCGGUCAAAGACUCUCUCAAUGAGCGAGACAUACCUGUCAUUCCAAACCCGAGUCACAUCAUUCCCUUGCUAGUAGGAAACGCCGAACUCGCCAAAAAGGCUUCAGACAUGCUUCUCGACGUCCAUGGUAUCUACGUUCAAAGCAUCAACUACCCCACCGUCCCCGUCGGCCAAGAACGCCUCCGUGUCACACCUACACCAGGCCACAGCCGUGAACUCCGGGAGAAUCUUAUCUCAGCACUCGAGUCAGUAUGGACCGAGUUAGGCAUCAAACGCACCAGUGACUGGGCCAGAGAAGGAGGAUUCAUCGGUGUUGGCGAGCCUAAUGUCAAAGAGCCGGAACCACUGUGGACGGACGAGCAACUUGGCGUGGAUCAAGUGGUUAAGGAGAUUAAAGCCUCCUGUCCUGUCGGCAUCACGGAGGCACUGCUUGAGCGUGAGUCGCAGGAGAUGGCUCGCGCUGUGCCAACCGCUGCCUAA